AUGUUUUACGAAAACUUAAUUCCUUAUUAUUCACCAUACGAAGAACAAGUUCUUCUUCGUCAGAUGCAUUCCAUCGGCCAACAAGAACAUCAACAUAGCCGACAAGAAAAUUCUUUCUAUUAUCAUAAUCGAAGAAAAGAAUUCGCAUCAUCAACAUCUCUGAUCAAUUCAUCUCUUUUGAAUCAUACGCCAUUGUCUUCUUCUUCGCCAUCAUUCUUUCCACCAUCACCAUCCAAUUCGCCACCAUCGAAGAAGAUGACAAAUUCAGAUCUAGAUGCAUUGUCUUUUUGUCAUACAAUCUAUAUUACUAUUAAGAAAAAUCGAAAUUCUCUUUCUUGUUCAUCAUCGUCGUCAUCACUGAACACUUAUCCUCAGCAAGUGUCUGGAGAUUCUCAGCUGCUUCUAUUGCCCGACAUUUGUUGUACGAUACCAGCGAGUAAGUUGAGCUUUUAG